AUGGGCUUAGCUUCGGCCUCGCCAAGUUUGGCCAGUCUUUGCAACAUUAACUGGGACCCAUCGUUAUGCCUAGCUAGUGGCGUAACCACCAAGACAGUCCAACUUUUAGACAUCCUCAAUUUCGUUCCUGCUCCGUUAUCACCAGUUCUGGUGUACAAGGUGGAUGCAGCUGGAUACGAAAAUUGCGAUUUCUCCGUUUCAUCGUUUUCCACAAUCAUCAACGCGCUGACAUACACUUGCGACGUUGCCGGCGUUCACUACUUCAUUGCUGAUAGAGCUAACUGCCUUCGCGGAUUGAAGCUCCAAGUCACAGUCGCCGGAGCUCUCUGA